AUGUUGCGGCCACCUCAUGCAACUCUACUUGAUGAUUUUGAAAAGGUCUUUGAAGAACUUUUGCUGUCCUACAAUAACAUUAUUAUCGUUGGUGAUUUGAAUAUUAACGUGGUUUGUAAUACUUAUGAAUCUAGGUGCCUAAAUGACUUUCGCAAUCAGAACAGCUUGUUUUUGGUGCAAUUUGAUGCAACUCAGCACACCUCUACGUCUGAUACUUGGAUUGAUCACUGUGUGGCCCAGAUGGCUUGUCAAUUCGUUGAUUUAUUUAAUGUGUCGUUGGUGACUUCUGAAUUUCCCCAAAAUUGGAAGGAUUCUUUUGUGCUGCCUAUUCCUAAGGUGAGAUCCCCGCAAAAUUUUUGUGAAUACAGAUCUAUUUCAAUACUCUCUUCAUCAUCGAAAGUAUUAGAACGUUGUGUUUAUGAUCAGUUAAUAAAAUAUUUUACCUCAAACAACAUUAGAUCCUCUUCAAACUGGAUUUCGAGAAGGUUCAAGUACUCGGACUGCUUAACUGCUCCUAAAAUAUUGGUGAAUGGAAAACCCAUCGAGUAUGUUACAUCUGUGAAAUAUCUUGGCGUAAUCAUGGACAAUAUGCUCUCUUGGCAUCAACAAAUUUUAUCUGUUAGUCAGCAGACUAUGAAUUGUUUAGCUCGGCUUAAAAUGAACAGUAGAUUGCUAAAUACUGCAAUGUGA